CCAGGUUGCAAAGAAAUGGAAGUGGCUGCAAUUGCAGGGGAAUCUGUCCAGUUACAGCCAGUGAAAUUACCAGAGCCUUGGGCAGAAAUGACCUGGGAGGUUACACUAGACUCAGCACAGACGUAUCGGAUUGUAACAUUUAAUAAAGGGGAACCCCCUGACCUUGGGUCAUCCCCACAUUUUAUCAACAGAGUCACUUUCCACCCUGAGAAUCUCUCACUGCAGAUUGAUCCAGUUAAGAAGUCAGACAGUGGCCUCUAUACUUUGCAAAUUGACAUUGGAGGAGGACGUGUCAACAUCACAAAGUUCCGUGUCUCUGUGUUUGAGCGAGUCCGGCAGCGAAACCUCACGGUGCUCUCUGCCCACCAGGAGCUCGGCCAGUGCAAUGUUACCCUGUCCUGCUCGGUGCCCGGCACUGACAGAGUCACCUACAGAUGGUCCCGAGGCACAUCCUGGAUCCCGUCUGACAGGGACCAUCAGCUCCCUGGGAAUCAAUCCCUACUGCACGUAGUGAUUAAUGCAGACAGCAGUGACAUCUUCUACCGAUGUAACGCUAGUAACCGAGCCAGCUGGGACACAGACACUUUAGAUAUCAAAUCAUUGUGCGACUCCCCAGCCACAGACUUUUUUCAGAAAGUCCCACUCUGGGCAAUUGUUGCUGCAGGGCUGGGGCUGCUGCUUCUGCUCACGGCGCUCACCCUUAUCUUCCUCUGCAAGCAUCGGAAGAAGCAACGCUCCUCCAAAGACGGUGACCCGCCCCUCACCAUCUAUGAGGAAGUGGAGGACGCCCGCCCCAGAAGAAACGCUAAUGGAAAUGCACAGAGCAGAAUUGUAGGAAACACCAUCUACGCUGAGAUCAACUGCAACCCACAAGUAGGAGACUUCACGGUGUACGCUGCUGUCCAGAGGCCUCCUUCUGUCAAGAGGAAGAAAAUCAACCCGUCCUUCAUCUCGACCAUCUACACAGAGGUUCAAGAAGCCCCUUCCAGACCCAGGCAUCCUCAAAAGCAGCGCUCAUCCUCACCUAAUCCUGGGCAUCUGUAUUCCUAG